CCACACCCUUUACAAACUCAUAAGGAUAAGGGCACUGCAAUGAGCCCACAGUCUCGCAUACAGAGAGACAUCGUUAUCAAAGUGCAUUGAAUGAAAGCGUGUUGUGCUUUUUACUGUCAUGUUGCGCGUGGCAGUGGAGUCUGCGGCGGGUUUGCCCAAGAAGAAACUGGGCAGCCCAGACCCCGUCGUAUCUGUGGUGUUUAAAGACGAAAAGAAGAAAACCAAGUCCAUUAGCAAUGAAGUGAACCCAGUGUGGAAUGAGACACUUGAGUUUGAUUUAAAAGGUGUUCCUCUUGAUUCUUCUUCCUACAUUGAUGUGCUUGUGAAAGACUACGAGACUCUUGGCAAGGACAAGUUGAUUGGAUCUGCUAAAGUCUCUUUAAAAGACCUUGCCAGUAGCCAAGUUAAGUCUCUCCCUGUGAAAAACUUGGCUCUAGUGGAUGAAAAUGGCAAGAACAUAGGAGGGACCAUCAGCAUGAUGAUUGGCUAUGAGCCACCUGCCGGUGCUGUGACAAAUCCACAAGAUCAACAAGAUGGCAGCAUGGGUGGAAACACAGCUGGGGGUGAAGAGGGUGACGUCACUGAUUCUGGGGUACCGGGUGCUGCCACGUCCCCUGGUGAGCCUGGCCAGAAACUUCGGACUAGGACAAGGAAACGUCAUAAUUUGGCCAACAAACCUCAGGAUUUUCAGAUACGUGUGCGGGUGAUUGAGGGGCGUCAGUUGCCUGGAAAUAACAUCAAACCUGUGGUCAAAGUGCAUGUGUGUGGAGAAACACACAGAACUAGGAUCAGGAAAGGAAAUAACCCAUACUUUGAUGAGAUAUUCUUUUUCAAUGUCAACAUGUUGCCCUCUGAACUGUUUGAUGAGAUCGUAAGCUUCCGGGUGUAUAACUCUUCUUCUUUUAGAUCAGACUGUCUCAUGGGUGAAUUCAAGCUCGAUAUUGGCUACAUCUAUGAUGAACCAGCUCACUGCGUCAUGAAGAAAUGGGUUCUCCUGAGUGACCCAGAUGACUCGAGCUCAGGAGCGAAGGGUUAUAUCAAAGUCAGCAUGUUUGUGGUGGGGACAGGAGAUGAUCCGCCGGUGGAAAGGAAGGAGGAGGACAGUGAUAAAGAUGAUGUGGAGAGUAACUUGCUGCUGCCCGCUGGCGUCGCUCUCCGAUGGGUUACACUUAAACUCAAAGUGUUUCGGGCUGAGGACGUCCCCCAGAUGGAUGACUCCAUCACGCAGACUUUAAAAGCAGCAUUUGGGGGUCAAGAAAACAAGAAAAAUCUAGUGGAUCCAUUUGUUGAGGCCUGGUUUGCUGGCAAAAAGCUCUGUACACAAAUAAUUGAGAAGAAUGCAAAUCCAGAGUGGAACCAGCAGCUCAAUCUGCAGGUCAAGUUCCCAUCCAUGUGUGAAAGAAUCAAGCUGACUGUAUUUGACUGGGAUCGCCUCUCUGGAAAUGAUGCCAUAGGCACCACGUAUUUGGAUCUGUCCAAAAUAGCAUCCUCUGGUGGUGAAGUUGAAGAGGAUUAUCCAGGAGAUGAAUUUUCAGCAAAUAAAGGAGAGACUGGGGAAUCUGAGAUGGGCUUCCUCCCUACGUUUGGGCCUUGCUAUAUAUGUCUGUAUGGCAGUCAGAGAGAGUUCUCAGGCUUACCUGACCCAUAUGACGACCUUAAUUUAGGAAAGGGUGAAGGGGCGGCUUAUCGAGGGAGAGUUCUUGUUGAACUCUCUACUAAACUUGAUGGAAAGCCUGACAAGUCUGUGGAAGAAAUAUCAAGCGAUGAUAUCUUGGUUGUUCAGAAAUACCAGCGCAGAAGGAAGUAUUGUCUGUGUGCAGUGUUUCAUAGUGCGACCAUGAUUCAAGAACCGGGGGAGCCCAUUCAGUUUGAAGUUAGCAUCGGGAACUAUGGCAACAAGAUGGAUCAAACGUGCAAACCUCUGGCUUCGACCACACAGUACAGCUGUGCUGUUUUUGAUGGUAAUAAUUACUACUACCUGCCAUGGGGCGACACUAAGCCUGUGAUUUCCAUCACAUCCUUUUGGGAGGAUAUCAGUCACCGGUUAGACUCACUGAACAUCAUUCUGUAUAUAUCUAACCGUUUGCAAACAAACCUCAGUAUGUUAAAGUCUGCAGUACUGUCCAGAGCUACAGAUGCAAGACUAGUAGAAAUCUGGCUGAAGCUCAUCAAUCAGUUAAUGGAAGAUAUCACCAGUUUAAAAAUUCCUGACCUGGAGGGGAAGCCCAAUCUCACAGCCCUGGAUAUUCAGAUAAAGAAGUUGCGGGACAGUGCUUUGGAGAGCAUCAUGGAGGGGGCCAAACGCUUGUUUGAGGAGGCCACAGAUGUUACUAAGUGCUUGAGCAUCAUUGAAACCUGGCUCGACAAACUCCUGCAACUUGCUGAGGAGCCUCAGAACAGCAUGCCUGAUGUGAUUAUCUGGAUGUUGAGAGGAGAGAAGAGGGUAGCGUACACCCGCAUCCCAGCCUAUCAAGUGCUGCAUUCAUCCUACUGUGAGCAGGCAUGUGGCCAAUACUGCGGGAAGAAUCAGACUGUCUUCAUGCAGUAUCCCAUGGACAACAAAAAAGGUUUGAAGAUUCCCGUCCAGAUACGUGUGAACAUGUGGCUUGGGCUGGCAACAGAAGAAAAGAAGUUCAAUAAUUAUGCAGAGGGGAUGUUCAAUGUAUUUGCAGAACUGUAUGAAAACCAAGCUCAAGUUUUGGGAAAAUGGGGCACCACCGGUCUGCUAAAUCGCAGCAAGUUCUCUGAUGUCACAGGCAAAGUUAAGCUGAAGCAGGAGUACUUCAUGCCCCCUGUUGGCUGGGAGUGGGAAGGUGAUUGGCGUGUUGAACCAGAGAAAACUCUGCUGACUGAGGCUGAUGCUGGACACACAGAGUUCGUGGAUGAGGUCUAUGAGAAUGAGACUCGAUUCCCAGGAGGAGAAUGGAAGCUUGCUGCGGAGCCUUACACUGAUGUGAAUGGAGAAAAAGUUCAGAGCCCUACAGAGAUUGAAUGUCCACCUGGCUGGAAGUGGGAGGAUAACUGGACUUUUGAUGGUAAUCGGGCCGUCGAUGAAAAAGGUUGGGAAUAUGGUGUCACCAUUCCACCUGAUGAUAAGCCCAAAUCUUGGGUGGCAGCUGAGAAGAUGUACCAUGUUCAUCGUCGCAGAAGAAUGAUCCGUCCUCGCAAAAGGAUUCCUGGUGCUAAAACAGCCAUUGAUGCAAGUGUAUAUUGUGAAUUUAAAAGUUUUUUUUUUUUUUAGAUUUUGCCUUUAUAAAAAUGUAUUUUCUAAUUGUCUGACAUGCAGAAGAAGGAUACAGGAGAUGCAGAAGGAUGGGAAUACUCCUCGCUCAUUGGCUGGAAGUUCCACAAGCAGCAGCGAUCCUCUGACACGUUCCGCCGACGGCGCUGGAGAAGGAAGAUGGCACCCUCUGGUCGAGUUGGAGCGUCUGCCAUUUUCAAACUGGAGGGGGCUCUGGGAGUCGACAUGGAAUCUAAAGUUGAUGAAAAAGGCACCAAAGCAGAAGCUUCAGUUCAGCAGUUUGGUGCAAACAGGCCAACUGUAUCAUGCACAUUUGAUGGACCCAAUGCGUACCACUUGAGAGUUUAUGUUUACCAGGCCAGAAACCUUUCUGCUCUGGACAAAGACAGCUUCUCAGAUCCAUACAUCCAUGUGUCGUUCUUGCAUCACAGCCAAACAACAGAGACAAUCCAAAGCACCUUGAACCCGUCAUGGGAUCAGACUCUUAUAUUUAAAAAUGUGGAAAUCUAUGGUGAUCCCCAGUCUCUCGCCCGGAAUCCACCCAGAGUGGUAAUGGAAAUCUUUGACAGCGAUCAAGUGGGUAAAGAUGAAAUGCUUGGCAGAAGUACGUGUGUACCUUUGGUGAAGUUGACUUCAGGUGUGGAUGGAUCACCUAAACUCCUCUGGGAGCCUGUAAUGCACAAAAAUGCUCCUGCUGGGGAGGUUCUAGUGGCUGCAGAGCUCAUUUUGAAGACCAAGGGAAAUGACACUGAACUUCCCCUUGCUCCUGCUAAACGAGGAGAGAAGCUCUAUAUGGUUCCUCAAGGGGUGCGACCGGUGGUGCAGCUCACUGCCAUAGAGGUUCUAGCAUGGGGUUUGCGUAACAUGAAGACGUAUCAGCUGGCUCCGGUUACUUCACCCAGUCUGGUGGUGGAGUGCGGAGGAGAGAGAGUUCUGACAGCUGUCAUCAAGAACAUAAAGAAGUGCCCUAAUUUCCAAGGAAAUGUCCUCUUUUUAAAAGUGCUUCUACCCAAAGAAGAGAUGUAUGCUCCCCCUAUAGUGCUGAAAGUCAUCGACCACAGACCCUUUGGAAGGAAGCCUGUGGUGGGUCAGUGCACGAUAAGUUCCCUGGAAGAGUUUCGAUGUGACCCUUAUGCCACAGUAGCUGAAGUUGCCAUGUCUUCAAAAAUGUCUUUGAUGGCAGCUGGUCCAAGAGACCUCCAUGUAAACAUUGAUGAUGACAGACAGCAACUUCUAGAAGCUCAGUAUAUUUAUGGCAUCUCAGCUGCUGUUGACAAAAUGGGCACUGCUAGUCCACUUCAACGUGAGAAGGAGAAAGAGACUGUUGAUUGGUGGAGUAAGUUUUAUGCUUCUGUUGGACAGAGUGAGAAAUGCCGCCCAUACCUUGACAAAGGUUAUGACACAUUAGAAGUUUAUGACUAUGAGCUUGAAAGUGUAAAUGAAUUCAUGGGUCUUACCGAUUUCUGCAAAACAUUCAAAUUGCAACGUGGGAAAAAGGAAAAUGACGAUGAUGAUCCCGCUGUAGUUGGAGAAUUCAAGGGCUCCUUUAAGGUCUACCCAUUGCCAGAUGAUCCAGGGGUGGCUCCUCCGCCACGUCAGUUCAGAGAGCUGCCCGACAGCGUCUCUCAGGAGUGUGUGGUCAGAAUCUACGUGGUUCAAGCCAUCGACCUGCAACCCAAAGACAACAAUGGCAAAUGUGACCCAUACAUCAAAAUCUCUUUGGGGAAAAAGUCUAUUGAUGACAGAGACAACUAUGUGCCGUAUGCACUCAACCCAGUGUUUGGCAGAAUGUUUGAAAUGACAUGCUUCCUCCCACAAGACAAAGACCUGAAAAUUGCCGUCUAUGACUUUGAUUUGCUCACCCGUGAUGAGAAAGUUGGGGAGACAGUGAUUGACUUGGAAAACCGCUUCCUUUCUCACUUCGGUUCCUACUGUGGUUUACCCCAGACGUACUGCAUUUCUGGAUUAAACCAGUGGCGUGAUCAGCUCAAACCAUCUCAGAUUCUUGAACAUCAUGCCCGUUUGAAAGGAUUGAGUCGACCCAGGAGUGAAGACAAUGGAAACACGUUAUCCUUUGGUGGCCGAUUGUAUUCCCUCUCUGACUUUGAAGCGAACAAGAAAAUUCACGAACACCUGGGUCCGCCAAGUGAACGGAUCGCUCUGCACGUCCUCAGAACUCAAGGCCUUGUUCCGGAGCAUGUUGAAACCAGAACUCUCUUAAGUAGCUUCCAACCGACUCUCCCGCAGGGAAAACUCCAGAUGUGGGUUGACAUUUUCCCCAAAAGCCUUGGGUCUCCUGGACCUCCUUUUGACAUAUCUCCACGCAAAGCAAAAAAAUACUUUCUGCGAGUCAUCGUCUGGAACACGUCUGACGUAGUUUUGGAUGAAACCAGCAUUACUGGUGAAAAUAUGAGUGACGUCUAUGUAAAGGGUUGGAUGCCAGGUAUGGAAGAAGAGAAGCAAAAAACAGACGUCCAUUAUCGCUCUUUGGAUGGCGAUGGAAAUUUCAACUGGAGAUUUGUCUAUGGAUUUGAAUACCUGCCUGCGGAGCAGCUUUGUGUUGUAUCUAAAAAGGAACAUUUCUGGAACCUUGACAAAUCAGAGUUUAGAAUCCCGCCCAAGCUGAUUGUUCAAAUAUGGGAUAAUGACAAAUUCUCACUGGAUGAUUACCUAGGUGCUAUUGAACUUGAUCUGCACCACCUCAUCAACCCUUCCAAAACACCCGAGAAAUGUAACCUUACCAUGGUGCCGGAUGGAACUACGGGUCCAAAAUCAGACCAAUUCAAGUCUCUUUUUGACCAGAAGACAGUUAGAGGAUGGUGGCCAUGCUACAUGGAUAAAGAUGGGAAGAGGGAGCUUGGUGGAAAGGUGGAAUUGACUUUGGAGAUUGUGAAUGAGAAGGAAGCAGAUGAGAGACCUGCUGGAAAAGGCAGAGAUGAGCCCAAUAUGAAUCCGAAACUGGAUCCUCCUAAGCGACCCGAAACCUCGUUCUUUUGGUUCUCAAAUCCAUGCAAGACGUGCAAGUUCAUAGUGUGGCGAAAGUUUAAGUGGAUGUUCAUCGGCCUGGUUGUGCUAGUCUUAGUGCUAUUGUUCAUUGGGAUCUUGUUGUAUUCAUUACCAAACUACAUCUCCAUGAAAAUCGUCAAACCCUUCAAUUGAGUGCAGGAGGAGUUCAACUUUUUGUUUUUAUCCAUGUAAUGUAUUUGGCAUGAUCAGGGUUUCACACAGUGAAAGCAGUUAACAGAAAUGGUUCAUACAGACCAUCAAUACAGUGUUUGUUUUGUUGUGGUUGUUCAUUUUUCAUGUGGUUGUUUAGGUUUUUCCAUUAAUCACUCUUUUGCACCAUUAUUAGAUUUUACCAUGAAUUUUCACUUUUUUGUUCAGGUUUCACUGAUGUUUGGCAACAUUUGUACACAAACCAUGAAGUGUUUUCUAUUGUGAAAAUAUUUUAUUGUAUUAUAUUCUCAGAUCAUUUUAAAGUUUAUUGGUUAAAGUUAUAAAAUUGUUAAAUAAAGACACAAUAAUAUGUUUGUUUAAA